AUGGAUCGAACCGAACAAAGAGCGAGAAGCAUCCUCGACACCUUAGGCGAAGAACUAAUCGGAAUCCUCACUCCCGUCUCCAUCUGCAUGUUCACCGUCGUCCUCCUCGUCUGCCUCCUAAACUCCGACCCCUCCUCCCCCUCCUCCGCCUCCUUCUCCUCCAUCGCCACCGCCGCCUACUCCGAAUCCGACUCCGACUCCCCCUGGGCCAAACUCCUCGGCGCCUUCCUCAACUCCCUCGUCUUCGUCGCCGCCAUCACCCUCGCCACCUUCCUCCUCGUCCUCCUCUUCUACCUCCGUUGCCUCAACUUCCUCAAACUCUACAUGGCUUUCUCCGCCUUCGUCGUCUUAGCCAACCUCGGCGGAGAAAUUUUAAUCCUUUUGAUCGAUCGGUUCAGGUUCCCAAUCGAUUCCGUCACUUUCUUGAUUCUUCUGUUUAACUUCUCCGUCGUGGGGGUUUUCGCCGUGUUCAUGUCGAGGUUCUCGAUUUUGAUCACUCAGGGUUAUCUGGUUGUGAUUGGUGUUUUGGUUGCGUACUUUUUCACUAUGUUACCUGAGUGGACUACUUGGGUGCUUCUUGUCGCGUUGGCGGUUUACGACCUCGCUGCUGUUCUUUUACCCGUUGGUCCGUUGCGUCUUCUUGUCGAAAUGGCGAUUUCUAGGGACGAAGAUAUACCUGCUCUUGUCUACGAGGCGAGGCCCGUGAUUCGGAAUCAUCAUGACUCGCGUUUGGUUCAGAGGAGGGUUUGGAGAGAACAGAGACCUAGUAAUAGUAGUGAUGACGUGGAGAAUAAUGAGGUUGUUACGGUGGUUAGAGCAGAGGAGGAGGUAUCUGUAUCUGUACCGUUGAUUGAGAGGAGUAGAGCUGAGGAGAGUUCAGAGACUUUUCUUGAAGGGAUUGGGUUGGGGUCAUCGGGUGCUAUUAAGUUAGGGCUUGGGGAUUUUAUAUUCUAUAGUGUUUUGGUUGGGAGAGCUGCCAUGUAUGAUUUGAUGACGGUUUACGCUUGUUAUUUGGCUAUUAUUGCUGGUUUAGGGGUUACGUUGAUGCUCUUGUCUGUGUAUCAGAAGGCUUUACCGGCUCUUCCUGUCUCGAUCUUGUUGGGUGUUGUGUUUUACUUUUUGGCGAGGUUGUUUUUAGAGGUUUUUGUUGUGCAGUGUUCUUCUAACCUUGUUAUGUUUUAA